AAAAUGAACACCACAGAAACUGUCCCUACUUGGGGGUGAUUUUCCAGCAAAAAUGACAUUUUCUUUGCGUUAUUGUCUCUGGCCCCUUAUGCAAUGUUUUUGCCUCUUGACUUGAAUGAUCUCAUCCUAAUCCCCACUUAGACGCGUAACGGGUACAACUUCGCACCCUUCCCAACACUGCAAGCCGGAUCUGCUGUUGCUGCGCUUGGGGCGCCUCUCCUGCUCGGGAGAAGGGGCUGCCGGCCAGGGGGUGGCGGUGUGCGGAUCUCCUGCCUGCCUGCCGGGGUGCUGCUGCUGCUGCCGCCGCCGGGGAGGAAGGGGUUAAAGCGCUGUACGCUUUGCGGAAAACCCCCGCCGCCUUUUCACUCUGAACCUGCACUGCUGGGGAGACGGAGGAGCGAUCGGGAGCGGUUUUUACGCCUCCUGCUUCCUCUGGUCUGCUAUUAUUUUAAAAGGGCUGGUCGGGAUUCCGAUCCGGAUUGAGCCAAGCGGUGUGAUGUGAACGCAAUCACUCCCCUUUUUUAUAUAUACUGUAGUUACCACUUUUUGCAAAAGCGCUUAAGACAACCGCUGGCAUAGCAGCAGCAGCAGCAGCAGCGGAUUGCAAGCCACAGCGGCCCCGAUCCGCAAAAGGGGAUGCUUUUCCUCGCGCAAUGGGACUACUCGUGGGCAUCAAAACUAAAAUUGGAGCCCUCCUCUUGACGCUCCCCUCUGCUACUGAAGGACGUCCCGCAGAAAUGGAUCCACCUAGCCCUCGGUGGUGACUCCACCCAAGACCUCCCCACGGGUUUUUUUUGAGGCAGGUAAACCGUUGACGGCCCUGUUCAGAGGAGCAUCGGCUUCAGAGAUGGCUGGGGCUGCUGGGCUCGCACUCUGGGACCCAGUGACUUUUGACGAAGUGGCCAUUUACUUUUCCCCAGAGGAGUGGGCAGAGCUGGCAGAUUGGCAGAAAAAUCUCUAUAAGGAUGUGACAAGAGCCAGCUACGAGAUGCUGGUUUCAUUAGGCCUCGCCUUACAGAAGCCCGACAUCAUUUUGAGAAUCGAGCGAGGGGAGGAGCCUUGCGUGGGGAGUCUCCAGACCUCAAAGGCAAGAGAGGUUGCACACCACAGCAUCUUUGAUGGCCAAAUCCUGAUUAAGAAAGAAUCCUGCCUCGAGGAGCAGCCACCAUGCUGUGUGGGGCACCCAGAGGUGCUGAAGGCAGGCCCGAACAACGGGACCUUUGGUGAAUUUUCCACGUGGCCAGGGAGCCACCUUGGGGCCAACUCGGCUGUGAAUGGAAUGGCCGCUCUGCCACCUUGGUCCACUAAGCUCCAGUGGCAGAACGUGCAGGUGCCCCCCGUGGAAUUUCAGGUGGGGCACCCAGGGGUCUCUGGCAGCGCUUUCUGGCCUGCCGGUGUCACGGUGCCCCCACCUAGCACCUACGAGGAGACGCUGCUCAUCUGCACCCAGUGUCAGAAAUGUUUCCCUGCCCGCUCGGCUCACGGCACCCCCUCCGGGGGAGAAGCGACGCAAGUCUGCCCCGAGUGCGAGAGCAGCAGUGGCCACAAGGGCACUCCCGCCGCGGCAGACCCGCGAAGCCACAACGCAACGAUGCAGCCCUGCUCUUGCAGCCACUGUUUGGGGCUUGGCGUCCGCCAGAGAGUCCCUAAGGAGGAGCGGCCCUACAAGUGCGGCAAGUGCGAGAAGAGCUUCCGCUUCGUCCACGAAUACACGUGGCACCAGAAGGUCCACGCCGGCGAGAAGAUCUACAAGUGCGGCGUGUGCGAGAAGGUCUUCCGCCACAAGCAGGAGCUGAUGUGGCACCAGCGGGCGCACACGGCCGAGUGGCCCCACAAGUGCGGGGUGUGCGGGAAGAACUUCCGCUUCAAGCAAGAGCUGACCUGGCACCAGAAGACGCACUCGGUGGAGCGCCCCUACAAGUGCGCCGAGUGCGAGAAGAGCUUCCGCUUCAAGCAGGAGUUCAUGUGGCACCAGCGGGCGCACGUCGGGGACCGCCCCUACAAGUGCACCGAGUGCGAGAAGAGCUUCCGCUUCAAGCAAGAGUUCAGCUGGCACCAGAGGAGCCACGCCGGGGAGAAGACCUACAAGUGCCCCGGGUGCGACAAGAGCUUCCGCUACAAGCAAGAGUUCUACUGGCACCAGAGGAUCCACACGGGCGAGCAGCCCUACCCCUGCGCUUCCUGCGACUCCACCUUCACCUGCCGGCAGGAAUACAUGCGCCACCAGAGGCUGCAUGACGGCGAGAAGCCCUACCAGUGCCCGCACUGCGAUAAGACCUUCCGGCGAGGGUCCACCCUGAUCCGGCACCGGCGGAUCCACAUGGGAGAGGGGCCCUUCAAGUGCUCCCACUGCGACAGGACCUUUGGCCAGAGUGCCAACCUCAUCAAGCACCAGAGAAUCCACACGCUGAAGGACGAGCCUGUGGAGAACGCCCACAGAGAAUGGGGCCCUUGUUUGCAGGGGGUGGGGGUCCCCUCUGUCCAGCCCGAGGCCGUCAGUGUGCUGAGCCUGAAGACGGUUUCCGUGGGGGCGCUUCUCUUGCUGAACCUCCAGGAGCCGAAGCAGGAGAAAGAUCCAGCCGGGAAUUCUUGGGAACCCCAAAUGUGACCUCGGGUUUUUUUACAGGACCCCCUGUAAAAAAAGAAGGGGAAUUGGGCUUUGUAGAGGGGAGAACAGAGAGAGAUCGAUUCCACACUGGUAGGAAACUCUCCAGAGUUUCGGGGGCAGAUCCCCCAAUGGCAGACAUUACAAACUGUAAAGUAAGGCAGUGCCCUCUGAAGUGUGGAGGGAGGGGGAAAGGGACCCCCAUCAAAUCCCGAGGAAGAGGCAAAUUCUGUUGGUGAGGCCUCUUUGGAAUAUGUGAAGGCAGCGCUGCCCCCAGCUGAGCUGAACGGGAGCGAUGCGUUGAAGGAUGUGGCUGAGGCUCUUGCUUCCAUGUAGACCAGCAGCAUGGUGACAUCUACGUGUUUGGGACUACAUGUCCCAUCAGCCUCAGCCCGCAUGAUGGUGUGAGCUGGGGUUGAUGGGAGUUGUAGUUGAAAACAGUCCUGUCAGCUGGGGCUGAUGGGAG